AUGUCGACGCAAGUCAAUCCCAAGGACUCUAUGAAGUCGACCUGGCUCCACGGCGACCGGAGCCGGUGGAAGUGGUCGCACAAGCUGCUCGCCGGGCAGCUUACCGCACACCCAGAAUACGACAUCGACAUUCCCGUGCACGCCAAGACGGACCCGAUGCCCGUCCUCGCCAGCUGGACGUCGCACGUCUUUGUGCUGCUGCGCGCGCUCGGCACCAUGCUCGCUCACCAGGUCCUGCUGCGGGUGACGGGCUGGCGCGCGCUGCCCGCGUGGCUCGUUUUUGGCCUGUACACGGCGGGCGCGCUGAGCAUGAUGGGCCGGCUGACGACGGCGCUGCGGCGCCUCGGUAAGGAGCACGGCUUCCUCGACGGCGAGCACGCGCGCGACGGCGUACCCGACGUGGGCGUUGACCGCGUCGCCGUCUCCCUCGGCAAGCUGAUGCUCGGCCGGCCCGGCCUGACGGUGCUGCUCGCGUACCGCGGUGGUGGUGCCGACGACGCCGUCGCCGUUGCCCCGCUCGACGUCGCGGCCGACCCGGCGUGGUGGGCGUGGCUCGCGGUGCACGCCGGCGUCUACACGCUGGCGCUCGACUUCUUCUUCUACUGGUACCACCGCGCCAUGCACGACGUGCCCGCGCUGUGGAAGCUUCACCGCCGACACCACCUGACCAAGCACCCUAACACGAUGCUCACCGGCUACGCCGACGACGAGCAGGAACUGGGCGACAUGCUCCUCAUCCCGCUGCUGACGUACCUGGCGAUGCGGGCGGCGUUUGGCGACCGCUUCGACUUUUACCACUGGUGGGUGUGCCAGAUGUACGUGCUCUUCACCGAGUCGGCCGGGCACAGCGGCGUGCGCCUGCUGCUGAACCCGCCGUCGACGCUCGACUGGCUCUGGGACCGCUCGGGCCUGGCGCUGGCGGUUGAGGACCACGACAUGCACCACCGGCGCGGCAGCAAGAAGAGCUUCAACUACGGCAAGCAGACGCUCGUGUGGGACCACCUGUUUGGCACCGUGUACCCGCGCGAGGAGACGCCGCACGUCGACCGCACAAAAGUGGUGUGGUUUCCUAUGAUUUAG